AUGUUUUCAUUAUUUUAUGGACUUUGGCAGUACAUGUUCAGCAAGUUAGAACUUCAUGUACUCAUUUUAGGGAUUGACAAGGCUGGCAAAACGACUUUGCUUGAGAAGAUGAAGUCAGUGUACACGAAUGUAGAAGGUCUUCCUCCAGAUCGAAUUGUUCCAACUGUGGGAUUGAACAUUGGUCGUAUUGAAGUGGCAAAUAGAAAGCUUGUGUUCUGGGACCUAGGAGGCCAGCUUGGUCUUCGCUCAAUCUGGGAGAAAUAUUAUGAAGAGGCACACGCCGUAGUAUUUGUUGUAGAUGCAUCAUGUCCCUCACGAUUUGAAGAUUCAAAGUCUGCACUUGAAAAGGUACUUCGACAUGAGGAUCUCAAAGGAGCCCCUCUUUUGAUUUUAGCAAACAAGCAAGAUCUUCCUGAAGCAGUAUCAUCUGAAGAACUUGCUCGGUAUCUAGAUUUAAAGAAGCUGGAUGAAAGAGUUUACAUGUUUGAAGCUGUGUCAGCAUAUGAUGGGCUGGGGAUCAGGGAAAGUGCAGAAUGGCUAGUGGAAGUGAUGGAGAGAAGCAAGAGGACUGAAAUGUUGAGAUUGCGGGCAGGUGCAAUGGGUCCAGGUUCUGCCUAG